AUGCAAUACAGUACCACCGACAUCCCGCACAAGCGUCAAAUGGCCCCCGACACAAGAAAACAGACCGUCGCGUCUCCCCCUCCCUCUCCGCACCCGUCGCUUAUUCCCCCUCCACUGUUCUCUUCCCACCCUCACCAUCGUCCUUCACGCGACCUCCCACACCUCCCAGACGCGGGUGCGGACGAGCCGUCUGUGGCUGAUUACGAACGCGACGACGUCUUCUGGAACAGUGCGCUUGAAGAGAGGGAUGGUGAGGGGGUGCCGGCGUACGAUGACCUGGGAAGCGUGCAAGGAACGGGUACGGGAUAUUGGGUUAGGGAGUUGGGCUUGCCAUGUGACGAGGAUGAACGUAUGAGAGAGGCAGAAAUCGAGAGGAGACGUGGGACGGAGGUGCAGGACCUCGCCGUUGGUAAGGAGGGGGAUGGGGCUGGGGAGAGGCAGAAAUUGCCGGGUGGUGGACCGGUGGAGUUAGACUUUACCUUUGGCGAGCAGAGGGGUGAAGGGGAAAGGUCUGUGUCGCCGUCUUUGUCGAUGCUUUCGAGUUGGGAUUUGUACAAGCCGCCGACCCCGCCGUGGUCGAAACGCGAAUCAUCUCUCAGAAAAGCGCACUUCGAGCCUGCCAGUGUCCAGCACGACGCUGGUCAGUCGCUGGAUGUAAUGACCGGAGAGCGCGAAUACGCUGCACGCGAGAUGCGUGGUGGCGGCCGAGCUAGACUUAUCUCGUUCGAACCUCUGUACGCGCCUUUCGAAGUCAAUUUAGGAUCGCACACGCAACACUUUGGUCCUUUUGAGUUUAAGCUGCCGCCGAAUGUGCUGGGGAAUGUUGAGAAGUUUGCCAAGGCGGAUCCCGUGGGAAAGCAUAGAGUUACUUCUACAGCUGGGUUGGAGCCACUUGGUGGCUACGCUCGGGGGACGGAGAGGUCAGGCGCAAGUCUUGGGGAGACGACGAGCGAGGUGGUGGAUGUUCAGGGAGCGGUUUGGGAGGGGGACACACUGCGGUCGAAUGUGGCCGAGCUGGAGCAGGCGUAUCUGUAUUCCGGGCUUGAAUCAGCGGGCGGAGAUUCGGAAGACCUUUCGCCGCCAGAGUCUCUGAUAGGGUCUACGCCUGAAGGGUAUACGCUGGAAGAGGCGAUGAGGAAGGCGAGGACCGCAAAUGCGCCGGGUAUAAAGGAUCAUCCGGCAUUUAAGAAUGAGAAGAGAGCGACAGAUGCCAAGUCAGCGGACAGUGAGGGAGAAAGAGAGCUUACUGGCACCCAGGAGCAGAAACAGAUUCGCUCGAGAUCUAAGACCGCAGGAUCUGGACCUCCUCGGAAGCAAGGCUGUCCCGUUACCAUCGAAGACGAAUGGCCUCUCGAUGACCACCGCCCACCACCCCCAGGACCAAACAGCACAUUGCACUCCCCAUCACCUAUCCGCCCUAGUUCCGCCUCGUUCCUACCACCACCGCCACGCACUACCCUCCCCACCGAAGAUGAAGCCCAAGCCUUCAUUCACCUCACACACUCCCGCACCCCCAGCCCCACCACCGCCCUCCCCUACUACACCACCCUCCUCGCCGCCCAAGCCUCCUCCAUCGGAGAACUCAACGCCCUCAUCGCCGACCUCACCGACCGCGGCGACUACUACGAGCACGACCUCCUCCCGCGCACCCUGGCGCACUGGACAGAGAUCAACACAGAGAACCACAAGCUUUCUACCGCGCUGAGGAGUGCGGAGCAGGAAAACUCCAUGCUCCGGGACAUGCUCGAGGUCUCGAGGCGGACGCUGAAUCUGUGCUGGAAGCGGGAGACCGCGGUGCUGGCGACGGUGCAGACGAUGUGGAGGCGGAAGAUUAACCGUACCAAUUGCGCAAUUCUAGAGCGAUUGGUGAAUAAUUUUGGUGCGGGUAGGGGAGGCGGGAGGGGCAGGUGGAGGUGGAGGACGGAAAGUCCGUUUCGGGAGGACGUGGAGCAGUUGUGGUUUGUGUGUGAGCAGAAUUUGAAGGUGCUGGAUGAGGAUUUGAAGGAUUGGGAGGAAGGGGUUAGGAUAUUGGAGGAGAUGAGUGAGGAGACAAGGAAGGAGAGUGCGGAGAGGGCAGAUGAAGAUGGUAAGGAAGGAGAGAGGGUAGGGGGGAAUGUGGGGGGGAUGAGAGGCUGA